AAUACACUUUCCAGACUUUGACAAAUAAUUAUGAGUGUUCACAUCCCUGCUAGCAGCAGUUGCAGCGGAUCUGCUGGAAUGAGCCGGAGGGAUCCUGAGGCUGUAAGCAAACGGCGAAACAGGUCCUUAUCGGAGCGGGACAAAACUUUGGGGAAGUCGCUCUGGGCUCCGCGCCGGCCCCGGCCCCCGCCGCCCUCCCGCUCCGCGGGGUCGCUGCUGCCCGUCGGGGCCCGUCCGGUGUCUGGGAAGGCUCCGGCACUAAAGGAGCCUAUCAGAGGCUAUCAGAGGUUCUCUGUGGAGUAUUGCUCUUGGCUGAGGCAGGCGCCGCAGGGGUUAAGCCUCUUGUGCCCGCCGCUCCGGGGCCAUCCUGCCGGGGCAGGGGCUAAGGUGGGACCCGCUGCCGGGAGCAGGAGACGGCGUGGCUGCCCCGGCCCCCCGGCCCGACUCUGGAGCUCCUACCAGCCAAAUAUAUCGCAGAAGGGACAUCUGCUAAAUGAGCAAAGAGCUGAAGCCAGCCUCAUUUCCCCGGGGUCACCCAUCAGCUCGGUGUCACCCAGCCCGCCCCCCGCAUAUCCCCGAAGCGCUCCGGAGGGGAAUUUGCUCUGGUUCGGUUGGUUCUCCAGCCUCAGGAAGGGUUAAAUCUUUCCCCAAGCCCCUAGUUGCCCUUGUCCUCUCAACCUGGUUCAGAGACGUGUAAUAAAAUAGGAAGCAAAUUUA